AGACAGUCCGACCGGCACACCGAAUCCGACUUUACGCACAGGAGGGGGCGGCACCGGUGGCUCGUGCUCUUCUGCUAAAGCCUGAAAGUUACACUGAAGGUCCCACUUUCAUGGGUGACGCGCUAAAAAAAACAAAAAAAAAAACCACUUUUGGAGAAGCUAAAGGGGAAACUCACCAUCGUAUUCCAAUCCGGACGCUGUGCAGUUUUCUCGUUUUAGUCAGAGACCGAUUACCUAACUCAGCGCGCAUCUAUUCCUUAAUAAUUACCGUAAAGCUGCUCUGUGCGCAAAUGUCAUUUUGAGAAAUUUACAUAAAUUAAGUUCAAUCAGAACCGACACGCACCGGCUAUGCAACCCGGGCGUUUGAAGACAGUCUGACUCGUUUGAAUCAGACUUCAUAUUCGGAGCAUGGUCCGAUAAUAGGACGACAGAAAAGAGACAACAACAAAAAAAAAAAAGUAAGAGAAUAAAGAGCUGAAUAGACGUUGGGAACACUUCCGAGGUGUUUGUGGGGACGUCUGCCUCUCACGUCCAGGUGUCCCGCCGGGCGGUGCGGAGUCUCCUGCUCGGGCCGGCAGCGCUGACAUGCUGCCCAAAGUCGAGACUGAAUCCCUGGGACUCACUCGAUCGUAUGGAGAACAAGGGCGCAUGCCAAGGAAUAUACAAGCCCACCAGUUCAAAAUGAUGGACUACACCUAUGACGAAGACUUGGACGAGAUGUGCCCCGUUUGCGGAGACAAGGUUUCUGGGUAUCACUACGGACUACUGACCUGCGAGAGCUGCAAGGGCUUCUUCAAGCGCACCGUCCAGAACAACAAGCGCUACACAUGUAUAGAGAACCAGAGCUGCCAGAUUGACAAGACCCAGAGGAAACGCUGCCCAUACUGCCGCUUCCAAAAGUGCCUGACCGUCGGCAUGAAGCUAGAAGCUGUGCGGGCGGACCGCAUGCGUGGCGGUCGCAACAAGUUUGGCCCGAUGUACAAACGUGACCGGGCCCUCAAGCAGCAAAAGAAGGCGUUGAUCCGAGCCAACGGCCUGAAGAUUGAGGCCAUGACUCAGGUGAUGCAAGCAGUGCCCACCGACCUCACCAUCUCCUCGGCCAUCCAGAACAUCCACUCGGCCGCCUCCAAGGGCCUUCCGCUGAGCCACCACCCGGGCCACCACACAGGUCACCACCACCACCACCACCAUCAUCAUGCCACCGCCCUGCCCCCCACAGACUACGACCGCAGUCCAUUUGUCACUUCGCCGGUCAGCAUGACAAUGCCGCCGCACGCCGGCAGCCUGCAGGGCUACCAGGCGGCCUAUGGACACUUCCAGGGCACGCGAACCAUCAAGUCUGAGUACCCAGACCCGUACACCAGCUCGCCGGAGUCCAUCAUGGGCUACGCCUACGUCGACGCCUACCAGACCGGCUCGCCGCCCAGCUUCCCUCACUUGAUCGUGGAGCUGCUCAAGUGUGAGCCAGAUGAGCCACAGGUUCAGGCCAAGAUCAUGGCCUACCUGCAGCAGGAGCAGGCCAGCCGAGGCAAACACGAGAAGCUCAACACCUUCGGCCUCAUGUGCAAGAUGGCUGACCAGACGCUCUUCUCCAUCGUGGAGUGGGCACGCAGCAGCAUCUUCUUCCGUGAACUCAAGGUGGACGACCAGAUGAAGCUGCUGCAGAACUGCUGGAGCGAACUACUCAUCCUCGACCACGUCUUCCGGCAGGUGAUGCAUGCCAAGGAGGGCUCCAUCCUAUUGGUCACUGGCCAGCACGUGGACUAUGCAGUGAUCGCUUCACAGGCGGGAGCCACCCUCAACAACCUGUUGAGCCACGCUCAGGAGCUGGUGGCCAAGCUACGCUCCCUGCAGCUGGACCAACGGGAGUUCGUCUGCCUCAAGUUCCUGGUCCUAUUCAGCCUGGAUGUGAAGAACCUGGAGAACUUCCACCUGGUAGAAAGUGUCCAGGAGCAGGUCAAUGCAGCGCUGCUGGACUACGUCAUGUGUAACUACCCGCAGCAAACGGACAAGUUUGGCCAGCUUCUCCUCCGGAUGCCAGAGAUCCGAGCCAUCAGCCUGCAGGCCGAAGAAUACCUUUACUACAAACACCUGAACGGCGACGUGCCCUGCAACAACCUGCUCAUUGAAAUGCUUCACGCCAAGAGGGCUUAGGAGGGGACAGCGCUGGCCAUAAUGCAGCUGUGCAGAUGUCCUGAGAGAUUUGCUGCAACCCAAAAACUCCAAAUAACGGAACCUCCAGCUCAGACUUGACUGAGUGAUGACCUGGCGGAUGAAGAGCAGAGAGGGUUAGCAACUCUUGUCUACAUUUAGCUCAUUUUGAUCUUCAAGUUUCUUCAACUUGGAGUGCAGAUUUGGACAAACACACAUGCGCAGAGACAGAUCAUGUGCACACACAAACAAUAUAUGGAUCCCUUUAUUCAAAAAAUAAAAAAUAGUCUGAAAGAAGAGCCACAUCUCCUCAACCACACAGGAAAAGACAAUACUGAAAGGAAAAAAGACAAAAAAAACACUUUGCAUUUGGCACGAGAUGGGAUCUGAUCGUCUGUACGGGCACAGACUAUCAAUACUGGCGGGCUGCAACUUAAAGCAUUAACAACCCUUGAGUGUUUGGGAGCUGUUGACAUUGUGAGAGGCUGAGGCCAUCUUUCAGAUAGCUUUGAGACUAGAGUGGUGGCUCAUUUUGGUCGACGAUCCUCCAGUGUGCUCUUUCACUGAAACCAGCUUUUAGCUGUCGUUGGUACUUUGAAGACAAACGGACAAGCAGUCAACCAGGCCAGAGACAUAAGAUGCCUGCCACGGCAGCUUGAUCUGAGUAAGAAGAGUGAAUUAAAAAAGAGGAAGAUUCUUUAAUGAACAAAAUGAUAAAUAGGCCGAUAAGAAGAAAAAUACUAAGAUGUUUUUGUUCUCAUGAAAUGGAAAUCAUUUUCUUCUCAUGGUCACCUUGUGGUUCCCCUUUCUUAUUCUAUCACCCCAAAUCAUCUUAAACUAUGUACCUCAGAAAGACCAGUGUUAAAUAAAUUCAAUUAAUAAUGUCAGCUGAAACAAUUGUAUUUAUAGCCCUUUUCCUGCAAAAAAAGAGAAAAAAACUCCUGUUUUAUUAUUUCAUUACAACUGGAACAAACAAAGUGUGAUUCUGGAGACGGAGAAGGAUUGACCCUGCCUUUGACCGGAAAGACCAAAGCUUGCUGCAGAACAGAAGAAGGAAAUUACAAAAACCUUAAUAAUCAGUAUUAUAAGAGAAAAAAAAAAAGAUUUUUGAUGUCACAGUUAUGUGAGUCUUGCCUUAUUUCAUUACCAUGCUAGAUAACCGUGCAGAUGUGAAUGAAAAUAUGUACAAAUAUAUAUAUAAAGUAUUAAUGUUGUAAAAAUUAAAAAAAGAAUAAUUCAACAGGUGUUUACAUUAAUGUGGUCAUAUGGGAGAGAACUGUGAUGAAGCAUAAAUUGCAAAGCAAUGAUUUCCUAAAAAAUGAAAACAACUAAAUGAAAAAAAAAGAUCCCUCUGGUUUGCUUUCUUUGGUGUGUGUACAGUAUUUUAUUUUUUAUUUGUUUUGAGCAGUACUUAAAUUAUGUCGUGAGACACUAAAAUCAAAAAGGAAUCACACUUAAAAUAUUAAUUUCUAUCUGUCUGCUGGCAUUCAAACAUUUGUUUCUUAAGCGUUGCUGUAAAAGGAUUCCGUUUCACUUUCAACCUUUAUAUAGACUUUUUCUUUUUUUAUUUACAGUGCUUUUACCUUUAUUUUAUGUACAGUAUGUCACUGGUUACGCUUAAUAAUGAAGAUAAUUUAUUGCGUCUCUGGGUUUCCAUCUUUGUGUUACAUGACGUGAGGUGUCUGCGCCAGAAUAAAUUUGUUUACUGUAGCAUGUUCUUGUUUUGUUUCCACAAGUAGUUCAGUGAUGCAGAUCUCGAGCAAAAUAAUGGGCUUUAAAAAAGGAAGAAAAAAAACCACCAUUUCUUUGUCUUUUUAAUGUUUAUGCAAGUCAGUACGUUGAAAAGAGUAUUGUAUUUAAGCAAGUACGUGUGAAAGAUGUUUGUGCCACAUCAGAUUUUCUUUUCAACCUGAUUAUCAUCAUUGUUCUUUCCGGUCUGCCCCUAUACCAAAGACUGCAUCUUUCCCUCUGUGAGCUGUGACUUCUAGUAUUGCAUCCAAAAUGAACAAAACUGACUUAUUUUAUUUAAUUUUUUCUUAUAAAGUGGCACCCUAAAUUAUUUUCAUGUGGAGUUUUUCACAUGUACUGUAAUUGUUGUUACUGUUUUUUUUCUUUUUUUAAAUGUCCCAACACUUGCCUCCCGCAACAACCUGUGGUGUUUAUUUGUUUACCUGUCAACAUUUGUCAAUUACUGUAAGUCAUAGAACGAUCAAAAGUCUUUCAAUGGCAUGUUUAAUGUACAGAAAUAUUCCCUUAAAACCACAUGUCAUGAAGCAGAUCCUAGUCCCGAGCCCCAUUUUGUGACACUCUCAUUAACUGAGUCUAUCGAUCAGACAAUCUUUUAUCACCAACUUUUUCAAAUUCUGUGUUUAGUUUCUGCAGCUGCCUUGGACUUCCUAUAACAAACAGGUCAACUCGGUACCACACGUAGGCCAUACAGUCAUGCUCAUUAAUAUAGGGCAUGACUUAGUGCAGUCUGGCUCCAAUCCCCAACAGGAGCUUGUUUUGAGAUCAAGUUUAGUAAAAGUUUGGAGAAACAGUUUUCUGUCACUUCAGCUCUCCUUACAUUCUGUAGCUUAAGAGUAACUGUCUACACAGACUUGGAUACAGGAUAAAUACUUUACCAAGGACUUAAACAAUGACUUCCCUUUGUGCAUUUUCAUGCUCAUGUAUGCUGUCACAUGUCACACAUGGAUACACAAAGGAUCAAAAUGCUAUUUUCCUCCCGCUUGUCUAUGACUUUGCUCCCUCCUGCUGACAUUCUGGUUGCCCCUUUCACUGCCCCUGUCCUGGGGGGUGUCUCUCUGAGGCUAAUAGAAUUUCCCCUCAUAUUUCAAUAAAUAAUUAUUAUGCUUAUAACACCAGAAUCUCGCUUCUUGCACACACUAACGCUGUCCAGUUCCAAUAUAUUUGGUUUUCUUGUGGGGGAAAAAAAUAAUAUUACAACAUCCAUUGAAUAACAUUUUAGUAAAACAUGCAGGAAUGAGAUCAGAAGAGAAAUCAGUUGUUGUGCUCCAUCUUUUAUUUUUUCUCAAUGCCAUUCUGGCCUUUAUUUGAUAGUUUGACAGAAGAGUGACAGGAAACCAGUGGAGAGAAAGGGGGCUGGCAUGUGAUUUAAGUGUCCACCUGAAUCCAAAAUCACACUAAUGGGUCACAGAUAUGCCCCAUUAAUUAGUUCACGUAACAGGCUGCAGUAUUGCCGCACACUUUACUGGACAAUGUACAGUAACACUUUCACAAGCAAAUGUACAGCAAGUGAAGCCAUGUCAGAGAAUAUACCAUGAAAAACAU